GUUCGGUUCGUCUUCGAUUGCAUGAUCUUUAAAGACGUCGAGAAGUAGCUCCAGCGCCUGUGCCCGCUUUCUUCACGUCGGCUAUGCCAAAGCGACCACGGCCUGGCUCAGAGCACGCAGCAGUAUCCUUUCUCCUCUUCUCGGAUGGCCGCGCAGACCCCGAGGAGUGGCGGCCUAACGCGGACGAGAGCAUGUGGUGGGGACGCCGCGACGCCUUGGCGCGUAUCGCCGCGGCCGCGCUGCGGCCCGCGGCGCAGCCGGAGGCCGCGAGCGCGAGCUGCACGGUGCUUCUUGCAGAUGAUAACUCGCUACUGCGAAUCGACGGCCGACUGCAGGCAAAGUCCGGCACGGUGCCCACAGAAGAGGCAAAAGCUCACUUCAAGCCAGAUUUCAGAACUAGGAGGACUUGGUGCGCAGUGUGCGCCGCGCUAUCACAGGCAAGCAUCACAUUGGGGCUGCGGGGCGCUGGGCACCGCUUGCAUCAAGGAGCCCUGGAAGAGGGCGCAGCUCAGCGCAGGAGGAGGCGAUGCCUUGGGCAAGCGCGAGCUCCUGGAGCAGCUUCAGCGGCGGAUGCCGCUGGAGUUUCUUCGUGUCCACGGCCUCAACAAGUCGCCAGCGCAGCUGCUGAAGAGCUGCACGCGCCAGCAGCUGCUUGACGCCUGGGAAGCUGCCUUCCCCUCACAUGAGGAUGCCGAAGAUGCGCUGUCGGGCGCUGUGAAGUGCGCCCUUGCGCAGCUGCCCAAAGGCGGCCUUGUAGUGAUUCUGCACGAGGACUGUUCGGCAGACCUCCCGCUCUUCGACCUCCCGCUCUUCGAAGAGCCUGCGGAUGGUUCGGAUGCGUUGAAAGAGUUCUCCGCGGUGCUCUUCGUGCUGGGCGCGGUGCGGGACAUGCGGCCGGCGGAGCUGCGGGCCGUGGAGCGGGCGGCCAAGGGCCUGGAGCUGUCCACGGCCCGACUGCGUCUGGGCCAGGUCCCAGAGUUCAGCUCCAAGGUGGUCCGGUGCAUCGCAGCGGCGCAUCUCCAUGGCCUGGUGAUGCCAGCAGUAGCGCGCGCUGUGGCGGGCACUGGCACAGCACCGGAGGCGGCGGCCAAUGGGCUGGCGCCACUGGCGCUGACGGUCUUCUGCGCCUUCCCCAAGUCCUCUGAGGCACUGAGCCUGGAGCGCAACAUUCGGGGCGAGCUGCUUCCCUUGGUGCAGCUAUGUGUUUGCACUCUCUGGCGUUCGAAGAUCGGUGACCGCCUCUCCUCUGAUGAAGGAGCAGCCAGAGAAGUGGAGCCAAAGCUUUGGAUCCUUUUCAAUGAUGGUGUAGCCGUGACGCUUGGCCGCCGCUUCGUUUCAGGAUUGUCCUCUUCGCACAAAGCUGCACCCACAGAGCGCCAGGUGCUGGAAGCUCUGCAGCAACGUUUGCGCGUCGCCAAGCCAAAGUCGGACGCGCUGAGGAGAGCAGUGCGAUCCUGCGUGGGCAAGUCCAGCUUGGCAUUGAUGCUCUCAGAGGCAGAUGGUUUCGACCUCUUCCAGGGCGCUUGCUCUGGUAAGUGGAUGCCGGAUCACUUGCUGCUCUUGGUCUGUCCUCCUCCCAUGGCCUCCGCGGCUGCAGCAGCGUGCAGAGAGGAGUCUGUGCCACUGGCACCGGUGGCAAUGGCACGAAACUCUGCACCCAGCGCCGUAGUCCUUUUGCAGUUCAUGCACUACUGCGGCUCCCUGGCGCCGCGCUUGCGGCACCUGAGACGCACACGAUUGGAUGCAGAGAGCCCAAGAAUGCUGGCCAAAAGUGAAGUAUUUGAGAAAGCUUCCGCCGAGUCAGCCCGCGCUCUUGUCGAGCAGCUGGCGCCAACCAUGGCCGCCAUUGCCAAUGUCAUGUAUCACCGCGACGUCAACGCGCACAACAUUUUGGCGCACGUGGCGCCUGGAGGUCAACUCAGCUUUGGCCUCGUAGACUUCGGUCUGGCGGUCGACGCGUCGACGUGGAUGGACCCGUCCCCUCUGAAUCCCGGUGGCAAGAGCGAGUGGGAGUUCCUGGACGUCGGUGGCGAUUGCCGGUAUUGGCCCGUGUCGGCAUGGAGGCAGUUUGAGGCUGGAUGCAGAGCCCUUGUAGAGGAAGAGCCCCUUUGCACUGAGUACCAGACGCAUCUGGAUCUACAGGGCUUGGGGCUGACAGCUGUGCAGGUCCUGGUUUGCCUACUGCCAAAGCGCCACGCAGAACUUGUACUAGAGCUGCGGCUGCUUCAGGAGGCCUGGCAGAAAUACUGGGAGGAGGCCUCCUGCUAUUGGGCCGCCUUGCUGGAGACCUUCCGCCAUGGGGGCGACUGGGUGGUGCUGAAGCAGGAGUUUGUGGCCCGCGGGGUGCACAAGAUCAUUGCGAGCAGGCUGGAGGCAUUGCGAGAGACCCUGGGCCAGUGCUUGUGCGCUGCGGCGGCUGCCAACCUCGGGGGAGGUGACACCUGGCCCCGUGGUUCCGCUGGGCUCUUCUGGGCUCUUCUGGCAAUGGUGAGCAGCGGAGAGAGCAUGGGCGCCGCAAGCUGGCAGGAUGUGUGCAUGCGACUCCGUGGCGCUGGGCCUGAAGAGGGCGCCAGCAAGCACAGGCAAGAUCCGAAUUUGCCAGAUGUCAAGGCUGAAGCGCAAGCAGCGCCAGAGGCGCCGCAGCUUCUUGGCUACCUGUGCAAGCUUCGGGCGCUCGCUGCAAAGGCUCGUGAUUUGUCCCUGGAGUUCGAAAAGCUGGUGCCAAUGGGCGAAGUCGCUUAA